CACAGAGGCAGAGUCUAUCUGCAGGCCCCCCAGCCUCUGCCUGUCACUGCUGCACAGUACGCCGCUCCAGCUGCGAGCUUGACACUGGGAGGAGUAACGAUUGAUAGGACAGACCCCUCUACUGUGGAGGCUUUAGUCGGCCAGACCGCCGUGCUGCCCUGCAGAGUCAGCCCGCCACCGUCCUCCACUGUCAUUGUGGACUGGAGAAGAGAUGGGAUCUCUGUGUCUUCUCACAGGCAUCACCAGCAGCCCGAUGGUUCCCUGUUAGUUGGUCCUCUCACUCAGUCAGACUCUGGUUGGUUUUUGUGUGUGGCCACGCGGGAACGGGAGAGAGACCACCGCUACAUUUACCUGUCUGUCACAGAAAGACCGUCUCAGCCGAAUCCGACCCCACCGUCCAGAGGCACAUUUCCGAGAUUCAGUAUUGAGCGGUCCAGCUCUUCUCUGCUGGAAAAGCGAGCGGGACAAACUGCUAGACUGCCCUGCACGGUUGUCCCUCCCUCAGCACUUCAGUCUGUCAACAUUCACUGGACAAAAGAUGGACGGACCCUCAGUAACCCCAGGUUUACCCAGAAUUCCGAUGGCUCCUUGUUCAUCAGCCCGCUGAAGUCUGAUGACUCAGGUUUCUACACAUGUACAGCCUCCAACCAGCAGCAGCUGGAGCAGAUACAGCUGCAGCUCAGAGUUCAAGACCUGAGGAUCACUACAGCUCCUAAUAACAUCCAGGUGUCCGAAGGCAGCACGGCUCAGCUUCCCUGUGUGGUAUCGGGCGACAAUGUCAACAUUGGCUGGUCCAGAAACGGUAUAGUGGUUCGCCCAGACGGUCGUGACAUCCUCCUGUCUUCUGAUGGCAGCCUGAUCCUGAAUAAUGUAAAGCAGUCACAAGAGGGGACCUACACCUGUAACGCAUACACUGGCAUCUACUCCGUGAGCGCUGUGGCUGAAGUGAAGGUGAUUAAAGGCACACAGGAAGGUGUCGAUGUGCCGCCAGAGUGCGUGGACCAGCCGGAGCUCGCCAACUGCGAGUUGAUAGUUUACGCCCGACUGUGCUCCAACUUGUACUACUCCAGUUUCUGCUGCGCCAGCUGCACCAGGCAUUCGCAGAUGAACGACAGGUUUGGUCAGACAAGCUAAAGCCACACAGGGAUGUAAGACUGUGCUUUGGGAGGACUGCUUUUUUAAACAUAAACCCUGAACUGCUGCAGAGCGCUCUUAUCAAACCAGGUGGCUCAGAAUCACUAUGCAAGCAACAAUAAAAGGACUUAUUAUUUAGGUGUAAUUCAGUCUGACAACUAGAAGUUGUUCUACAGUGAGUGUCUUUGUGCAGUAAACACCGAACAUGGAAACAUGAACUAGGUGCCUUAAAAUGCAGGUACCAGUCUUUUGACUGUAUUGUUCCUUCAUUGUCUCGUCUUUAUAAUAAGUUAUUCUUCACUGGACCUUCUAUACACGUUCUCUGUUUUCAAGAGAAUCAUAGGAAUUUUCCCUUUUAGCUCAGUAUUUCCUCUGUACUGAUUUAUCUGCUGUAGUUUUGACCUGUGCUCUUUUUUUAAUCAUGAUUUUUCCACUUUACUGAUACCUCUGCUUGUUGCCAUUCACAAAGGGCCCCUACCCAGACGAUGUUUAAUUUUAUGUCAUUAUUUGGUAAUAA